AAGCCACCGCCCGCCAUGGACGACGACUUCGAGUUCCCCACCUUCGGCGGCGUCGGCGGCGUCGGCGGCGGCGGCGGCGGCGAUAACGGCGGCGACAUGGACAUGGACAUCGACGUCACCGGGGAUGAACCGGUGAGCCCCGCCCUCAAGGUCGGCGAGGAGAGGGAGAUCGGGAAGGCGGGGCUCAGGAAGAAGCUCGUCAAGGAAGGCCAAGGGUGGGAGACCCCGAGCUCCGGCGACGAGGUCGAAGUUCAUUACACGGGGACGCUGCUCGACGGGACCAAGUUCGACUCGAGCCGCGACCGCGGGACGCCAUUCAAGUUCAAGCUCGGUCGAGGUCAAGUGAUCAAGGGAUGGGAUGAAGGGAUCAAGACUAUGAAGAAGGGUGAGAAUGCCAUAUUCACCAUCCCUUCGGAACUAGCCUAUGGUGAAUCGGGAUCCCCUCCCACCAUUCCUCCUAAUGCCACUCUUCAAUUUGAUGUGGAGUUGCUCUCAUGGACUAGUGUGAAAGAUAUAUCCAAGGAUGGAGGGAUACUGAAGAAAGUUCUUGUGGAAGGAGAGAAGUGGGAGAAUCCCAAGGACCUAGAUGAGGUUUUUGUUAAAUAUGAAGCAAGCCUCGAAGAUGGGACACUCAUUUCGAAAUCAGAUGGAGUGGAGUUCACUGUGGGAGAUGGAUAUUUCUGCCCUGCUUUGGCUAAGGCCGUAAAGACAAUGAAGAAAGGAGAGAAGGCUUUGCUGACUGUGAUGCCACAAUAUGCAUUUGGGGAGACUGGCAGACCGGCUUCUGGGGAUGAGGUCGCUGUUCCCCCUAAUGCUAGCCUCCAAAUUAUGCUUGAGCUAGUCUCUUGGAAGACUGUUUCUGAUGUAACCAAAGACAAGAAGGUCUUGAAGAAAACUUUGAAGGAAGGAGAGGGGUAUGAGCGCCCGAACGACGGGGCAGUUGUUCAAGUGAGACUGUGCGGUAAACUGCAUGAUGGAACGGUCUUUGUGAAGAAGGGAGACGAGGAGCCUUUCGAGUUCAAAAUAGACGAGGAACAAGUGAUCGAUGGACUUGACAGAGCUGUCAAAAACAUGAAGAAAGGUGAAGUGGCAUUGGUGACAAUUCAGCCGGAGUAUGCCUUUGGCCUGACCGAAUCUCAACAAGAUCUGGCUGUUGUUCCUGCCAAUUCCACUGUGUCUUAUGAGGUCGAGCUGCUAUCAUUCGUUAAGGAGAAAGAAUCAUGGGAGAUGAACAAUCAGGAGAAGAUUGAUACUGCAGCAAGGAAGAAGGAAGAGGGGAACGCUUCGUUUAAGGCUGGAAAAUAUGAAAGGGCUUCAAGGAGAUAUGAGAAGGCAGUGAAGUAUAUCGAAUAUGAUUCAUCAUUUAGUGACGAGGAGAAGCAGCAGGCAAAGACCCUAAAGAUCACCUGCAACCUUAACAAUGCAGCUUGCAAAUUGAAACUUAAAGACUUCAAGGAGGCAGAGAAAUUGUGCACUAAGGUAUUGGAAGCUGACGGUGGAAAUGUUAAGGCACUCUACCGGAGGGCUCAGGCUUACAUACAACUUGUUGAUUUGGAUCUUGCAGAGCAGGACAUAAAAAAGGCAUUAGAGAUUGAACCUAACAACAGGGAUGUGAAACUCGAGUACAAGAUACUGAAGGAGAAAGUGAGGGAAUAUAACAAGAGAGAUGCUCAGUUCUAUGGAAAUAUGUUUGCCAAGAUGAACAGACUGGAGCAUGCAACAACAGCGGGCAUGGUGGCAAAGCACGGGGCAGCGCCUAUGACGAUAGAUAGCAAAGCGUAAAUUGUAUGCCGUGAAUAGCUAAUGGUGAUGUAUGUUUGGAACCGCUUUAAUAAUAUGGACCACAUCAGCGAGCUGUGCAUGACAUACUGUAUUUUGGAUUUGACCAUCAUUGCGUUUUGUUAAAAAUAAUAGCUGGAGUGUAUGCUGUGAAUAGCUUAUGGUGAUGUAUGUUUGGACGUGUUUUAAUAUGUACCCGCAUCAGCUAGCUCUGUACUACUUAAUUCACACUACAUAAAUGACUAUCGACUUGAAA